AUGUUAGCCGUUGGUCAGUUAUUCGAGUCAUACUCUGACUUUCAAAGUGAGUUUAAAAAUUACAAAAAAACAUUUUUUCAUGAUUUUUCCACGAGUGAUUGUCGCACUUUAAAUGUAGCUCGCCGGAAAUAUCCGAAGAAACUGGAAUUUACUCCAGAUAGUUUAAAAUAUUAUUUUAUUAAGUUUAUUUGUAUACAUGGCGGUGCUUUUAAGAAAAGUAAAAAAUGUGAAGAUGUACGAUCCACAUCCACAAUGAAACAAAAUUGUCCAGCUUUUAUUUAUGUGAGAGUUACUAGCGAUGGCAUGAAGUUGGAAAUAUCCCAAAUGGACGAAACACAUAACCAUGAGACUUCUGCAUUGUUGUUCUCCAAUUUGCCAAAUCAACGACGCUUGGCACCUCAAAUGAGAGCUGAAGUACUCGAGCUUAUGGAUAUGAAGGCAAAUAAAAAGUUGAUCCAGUCCAAAAUCCACACUGAAACCGGUAAAAUGGUAACAUUAAGAGACUUAUCCAACAUACGCAGUACAGGUACAUGA